AUGGGCAAGAAUGAAAAUACCAGCAUCUUCAAUAUCUCCUAUGCCAACUUCCUCUUGAUGGGUUUCCCUGGAUUGCAAGAGGGACGGCUCCUCCUCAUUUUCCCUUUUACUUUCCUCUAUGUGACCAUCAUCUCUGCUAAUGUCCUGGUCAUCCACAUAGUGGUGGCCCAGCGGAAUCUGCAUCAGCCCAUGUAUGUGCUCAUUGCUCUGCUCCUGGCUGGCAACAUUUGUGCUGCCACAGCUGUGAUGCCUAAAAUGCUGGAGGGCUUUGUGCAUUAUGCCAACCCAUCACUGCAUGGCUGCCUGGCCCAGAUGUUCUUUAUCUACUUCACCCUCCUUCUGGACUACAAUCUCCUCCUAGCUAUGGCUCUGGACCGCUAUGUGGCCAUUUGCCACCCACUCCGCUAUACUGACCUGAUGACAUCCCGCUUGCUGAGUCUACUGACCAUUUUUGCCCUAACACGGAGCCUGGGCGUGGCAGUCCCCUCGGUGGUACUAACUGCACGAGCUCAUUUCUGCCGUACGGCAGUGGUUCAACACUUCACCUGUGAGUACAUCGCACUGCUGAGCAUAGCUUGUGGCGACCUGACCUUCAACAACCAGUUGGGGCUGGCUAUACGGCUGGUCACUGUGAUCUUCGAUCUGGCUUUGCUAGGAACCUCCUAUACUCGCAUCAUAUAUGCUGCCUUCCAGAUCUCUUCUAGAGGAGCCCGAGCGAAGGCUCUACACACAUGUGGUUCCCACUUACUGGUCAUCCUCACCAUCUACCUCUCUGGCCUUUCCAGUUCCAUUGUCUUCCGAAUGGCCAAGUCUGUCUCUCAGGAUGUCCAGAAUCUACUCAGUGCUAUAUACUUACUGCUCCCAGGAGCCUUGAAUCCUCUCAUUUAUGGGGUGAGGACUAGAGAAAUUCGGCAACAUAUAGAAAAGAUGCUCUGUAAACGGGAAUCACUCCAGGAGGUUGGAGAGCAGCCAAAGAGACUUCAGAGUAUGAGAGUAGACAGGAAGUUGCCAGGAUAG